AACCAUUAGAGUGCACUUCCUUUCUGGACAGGAAACGCUGAAUCGUGCCUCCACUGAAAAGCUGUUCUGCGGCUGACAGGAUCAUAGGGCACUGCUGAGGAGCCGAUGCAGCUCCAGUCCAUGGACAAAUCUGGCUCAUCUCUAGCCUAUAGACCUGCCAUUAUCGACUAGGGAAUCAAACACGCAAAGUGAUUCUUCUUUGCCUUGGUAUACAGUAGAAGCCCUGACAGAGAUGUAUGGACAGAACCCUAACUGGUUGUGGUCGAACGGGGCGCCUCUACGCCACCAAGGGCACCUGGGCAGACUUGGCUCAGCAACCCUGAGGCAAUGGGAGGAUGAGGAAGAAGGAAAAGAGGAAGAACGUGCUAUUUGGACCAGGGAGCAUCCAGCAAUCUGUUUCUAUACUACAAGUAAGAGUGAGGUGUAUGAGGUAACUGUGAGAGAAUAUUGCAGGCUCAUUGCAAAAUAGUACAGGGGAAUCUUUCAUUGCUUGUCUGUUUCAACCCUGUUUUUCCUGUUUUAGGUUUGUUUUCAAGUGGCAUGCCUUGUUGUCUUGGGGUAAACAGGGUUUAUGCUGGUUUGUAUCAAUUAACAUUAUGUUUUCCCAAUGCUGCUAUUCUGGUUUUACUUACCUACCACUCCCUCAGUGCUUGCCAGUGUGGCCAGAUGACUUGUGACUAAGAGCCUUGCCCAAACUCAGCAGGCCCAUUGGCAGGCCAAAGAGACAGCAGGACCAAACACGUGAUACAACGACAGACUGCAACAGAACAGCACCCAACCUUCCAUCCUACCUUACGUCAUCCCUUCUAAACACACCUCACUGUUAUCACUCCUCCAUCUCAUCCCUUCCCCUCCUCUCUCAGCCUUCUAUCUCCUCUCCUUGCAUCUCUUUCUCCACGUUUCAGUCUUCAUCUCCCCUAUUCCCAUUUCUUUGUAUGCUCAUUAAAGUGCAAUCGAACAUAUAGACAUAAUGCCAUUUGCUUGGUUUCUCCAUUCACAUGAAUCCCUUUAGACAUCAUCAGUGGUAUGAACAGAAUAUAUUUUUGUCAAAUGUUCUUAGGUUCUCUCCUUCUCUCCUCUGUCCCCUGUGUCUUCAGAUGGCCAUGGCCUCACCCAAGAGUGUGUUCAGAACCACUGGGGCUGGGCUGGUACCGAGAGUCCCUUUGGCCCUGUCCACACAGACCUAGAUAGCAUCCAACGCCAGAGUGACACAGGGCUAGAUGCCCCUGAAAUGUGGAUGGAUGUCCCUCCACACCAGCCUUCCUUGGGUGGGGCUGAUGGAGAAGAAUCAUCUCAGCAUUGUUUAGACAGUCAAUGGGGGAGCCACAGGACAGAGGGCCAUGGCUGUGUUUGUGUGCCUGGACCAAGUGAACCAGGAAGAUGUUGCCACAGUUGGGCUGGUUCCCCUCUCUUCAAUUUCGGAAUGAGGAAGACAAUAAUGGUAGGAGUCGAGGUGGAAAUAGUGGAGGAAGUAGCCUAUGAGGACACAGAGACAAUUGAAGUAAUAUCAGGAGUCUAUCCAAAUUAUUUGAUGGAAACCAUAUUGCUGCACGAUGACCAGCUUAUCCCCACCUAAACAUGCAUUCCUUCAAAAGUUGUUUGCAAGGGAACUUUCUGUGUUUUUAAAUGUCAGCCUUGUUGUUUGAAUGUAUUUUAAAUGUAUUUAAAUGUAGUUAAAAUAUUAAAAUGUAUUUUAAAUACCAUUUAAAGGCCUUUUAUAUGUCAGUGUUAUGUAAGUGACGUUACAUUAAUUUAAAAAACAUUUACCCAAUAAAAUAAGAAAACCUUUGCUUGUUGUCUUGAUUUGAACUUCUAAUGAAGAUGUAGUGUAUGUAACUUCAAAGACCUUCUGACAGUCUACACCUGCUUUGUCGUCCAGUGCUUCAGUAUGGCACCCAGGUCUCACAGCCCACCAACACAACCAACUUGAGAAGAUCCAACGACAUGCAACCAAAAUCAUCAUGGGCACCACCUACACCUUCUGCAUGCAAUGACCUGGGCUUGCAGUCCUUGGAGUCCCACCGCACCCACCACUGCAGAUCCUUUGUCCAGAAGCUCGCAAAAUCCCAGCAACAAAUAACGUUAGCUGCCUCAGACUAUAGGACAUGUCAGUGUCAGAUCUACCCAUCGAGGGCUUCCCCCUAUUCGGACUGACAGAUACUACAACAGCCCAAUGCCUUACUUUGUGAAGCUGUUUAACUCUACUAUUGUAUACUACAUCUCAUAUAUUUUAUUUGAUUUACUUACUUACGUAGGGCUACGUAUGCUGCAAUUCAGCUUUUAGCGGCAAAUGUGUACAAUUCAAAACUAAACCUUACAUUUAUUUUUAUUCUUCAAUUACCACGAAUGCACCUCAGUCGGGCUUACGUCAUCUACAUGCGCCACACUGCCUACGCUUUUAAAAUGCGACAGUGGUGCUGAACAACGUUCGGAAAUCUGCAUAUCAAAUAUGGGUUGGAGUAAAAUGUAAGGAAUCCCCUUUUAAUGUAAACACAAUUUAGAUUUUACCUGACUAUGACAUGUGCAACUCACCAGAAAAUCACCAGGCUCGUUUGCGAAGUUUGGAAGAGUUGACGGAGUUCACCGAGAACUGCCAGAGACAACUGAAUGAGCUGUUCGAGACGCUGGGAUGGAGACAGGACCAGGACAACGGCUCAGUUCAGGAGCCGAUGGAGGUGUGCCCCUAUGACCCGAACCACAGAGUGCCAAGCAGGAGCAUGGAGAGACACAAAGCCACUUGCCAACUCCGCCAGAUUGGAUACUCCCAUGAGGAACAGGCUGAGAUGUAUGACCACUCUCUGUGUUAUGAGAAUACCAGCAUUACCAGCUUCACAAUGGACAAACACACACAGCAACAAGUGAUUAUUCAAGCAAGAGCAAGUGCACCGCCAAUUAGGACAGAGGGACUGUACAGCCAAAGUGAAUACUCCACAGACCCUUCAGAAGUUCCUCAGAACCAGAAGCGAGCUAUCUGUGACCUUACUGUGGCAGACCGAUUGGCUCUUUUUGAUCACGUGACACGAGAGGGCAUCAAACAGAAGGAUCAAGCUGUUGCAACCAACAAUGAGGACCUUUAUGUUGAUUUGGUGGCCAAGCUCAAAAAGGGUAACGAUCAGAACGAGCACAAGUCUCACCUGGAGCUAAUGGCUGAGAUGAGGGACUACAAGAGACGGCGGCAGUCUUACAGAGCCAAGAACGUCCACAACACCAAGAAGUCCUACACUGAGGUGAUUCGGGAGGUGAUUAAUGUCCACUCUGUUGAACUGUCCAGUCAGUGGAAAGAGGAGGAGAGGAAGGAAGAGGUUAGAGAGUCCAAACACGGCCCUCACAGGAGAAGGUCUGAGGACAGGCGGUCUGCCUCCAUAGAGUCUUGCCAAUCUCACGUCAGCUCCAGGGAUGGACACGUCUCCCACCACAAACGCCACCUCAGUGAAGAGCGCAGAAAAGACCCCAGCCCAGAGCAGAGCCAGGAGCGCAGCCGAGAGAAGGAGCGCAAGAAGAAGAGAAAGAGGGAUUCCUGCUCGCCGGAUGAGAGACCUCAUGAUCGAAAGAAGAAAAAGAAGAAGAAAAACGAAGAGAAGUGAUUUUCAAGUUUAGUACUUUGGCUUGGAAAACCAGAGAUUGGGUCAAGGAGCCAAAAAAGCUACGUUCCAAUGUUCAUAAUAGCGUACCACUUAGAAUGCACGCCUUUAUACUAAGUGCCUAAUUCAUGGCUUCAUACUAAGUGGUAUGCAUGUAUAGAUAUUGUAGUUUGACUCACAGACAAAUCUUUCUUUGAUGUAAUCUAAUGAUGAUAUUUUAAAGCAACAGUGCAGCUUUAAACAUUUGUCUUAAACUGAGAGGUUAUUAAAUGCCUGUUGUAUUAGAUUACAGAAUGUAAAUAAACUGUUAGAACACGAUUCUCAGAAUUCUGUUGUACAUUCAUAAUUACCCCUGUAUUUGAUUCACUUCCAAAAAAACGGUUUGAUGUUUAAAGUUAAAACAGCAUUGUGUUUGAACUUUGAAUAGGGAAUAAAAGCUUCAUAUGUGUACUUUAA